CACGACGACGUACGGCGGUAGCUUCCUGGCUCACAUCGGCUUCUUUUUUUUCUUAUUUUUUGGCGCAUCCACCCCCAGAUUCGGGCGCAGCCAUUUCGUGGAGAAGUAGCCCUUUUCUCCUUGAGCUCCCCCUCCCCUACACACCCUCUUUCCCUUGUCGGCGUUCCGUCUCGGACUCGCCGUCCUUCGCGAGGGUCGUCGCGCAGCGUAGUGCUCUGAGCGACAACGGCGGCGGCGGCGACGACGACGACGGCGGAGGCUUCGUCGCGUCGGAGGCAGCCCUAGACGCCCCGCAGGAAAGGCGCGCGCGAGAGGGAGCGACUCGAUGUCUUCCUCCCAUGCAGAAGAAGAGAGCAGCACCGUCGGCCCGGCAGCUCAGGCGCCGGUGGUAGAGGCCGACGCCGCAGCGUCCAUCGCUGCUCCGGCCUUGGACGUACCAGAGCUCGCCCCUGCGCCAGCAGCGGCCCCUGCUCCUGGGCCGAUCGACGAAAAUGAAGCCGCUUCAGCAGUCAACCCGACUUCGACGGCGACUGGACACACACGGGAGGAGCAGGAUGGUGUAGGUCUGAGCGCGGAGAAAGAGCAAGCAAGUAUGGACGAGGCAAAGGAGGACGUUCAUGGCGAGGUCGACAACGAAGACGGUGGGGCACUCAGGGAAGAUAUCGAAAUGGUAGCAGUGGAGAGUGCGCCCAAGGACGACACUGCGACCUCCGUCGCUGCUGCUGAUGAUGCUUCUUCCCCUUCUCCUUCUGCAAACGAGCGAGCAGCUGGGGAUGCAUCCGACGAGCUCGAGCCGCCCAUCACCGAGGCAGCCGUGGAACAAAGCAAGGAGCCGGAGGCCUCGGACUCCGAUGCUGGGACUGCUGGCGAUGUCCAAAACACUGCGAAUGAGAAAGCUCCCCCGAUCGCAACGUCGGCAGACAUGGAACUGGAUACAGGCGCCGAGGAUGUCAAGGAAGAUGCAGCACCAGCUGUAGCUGUGGUCGACGUGUCAGGAGCAGAGGCAGCAGCAGCAGAGGCACCGACAAUAGCAAUAGCUACAGAAGACGAGGAGAUGGGACAAGCAGAGCCACCGGCCGCUGCAGAGGUCGAGGCGGUUCCAGAAGCUGCUGCAGGUGGCGAAGAAGAGGCAGCUGCAGCUGCAGCUGCAGCACCAUCGGCAACGGGGCCAAGCGUGGUGGAUAAGCCGCCCGCCUCUACGGACAAGGAGGGCGAGAGCGAGGAAGUGCAGCCAAAGAAGGAAGACGAAAAGGUUGCUUCUUCGUCUGACGUCACAAAUGCGACGGACGACUCUCAGCUUCCCCCCGGGGUUGCGCCGCCCUCGCUCAUUCCCAGCUUGUCUGUCACCGCCGCGCCCCUUUCGCCUGCCGUCGCGACACCCCUGGCCGCCACGACGUCCGGUACAUCCACCCCUGCGCUUCUCGACACAGCCCCGCAAGCUUCUGCCGAUCCUCUGGCGAGUCUGACCGAGACAGAAGCGGCGAUCCAAGCAUCUCCUCCUACUGCGGCGGCGGUGGCGGCCGACACGACCGAAGCGACCGAUGACCUGGCAGACGCUGCAUCGCGAGCAAAGGUGGAAAACGCAGCCGAAGCGCCAAGCAAGGGCAGCGGCGACCUCGGCGAAAGCGAAAGCGAAAUUAAAAGCGCAGACGCGGGCGAGGCUGUGCUGGCCGAGCCUUUGGGCGAGACGGCAGAAAAGGCAGAAGGGGCGUUAGAUGCUGGAAAGGGCAAUUCAGAGGCAAGGUCAGGGCUAGAAGAGGUGGAGAAAGCAGGGGAAAAGGAAGGGGAAGACGGCGAUGGAAAGGGUACGACGCUUGCAGUCGCGAAUGGUGGUGAUGAAGGGCAAGAAAAGGGCGAGGCAGAGCAAGCGGACAACAGACCAGCUGAAGUGAUAGACGGAGAUGGCGAAAAGCGAGCCGAGGGCCUCGAGCAGACUGCAGAGGGCAAGAGCAACGAGGAGGAGGAGGAGAAGGUCGAGGAGGAGGAGAUGAAGAAGGGUGACGAGGAGAGCAAGAAGGAGGGACAGAAGAAGAAGGACGACGAGAGCAUUAGAAAAGGCAAAGACAAAGGAGGAGGAGCUGGCGCUGAAGCGAAUCGCAUUGGUCCUCAAGAUCAACAAAGAGCUGAUCAGAUUCUGCGUCGAGCUGCAGGGCAAGAAUCUGAUCGAAGAUCCCAUGUACCGCGACGCCGCCUUUCGGCUGCAGAGCAACCUCAGCUUCCUGGCCGGCAUCGCCGAUCGGUCGACCAAGCCCGACGAUGUGACUGUGCAACAGCUGCCACCGCCGCCGAGCCCGCACAAGUUGCCGUUUCCCGAGACGCCGCUGAGGAACGAGUCGAUGCUGCCUGCCCUCUACAAGCACCUCGCCAUUCUCUUCACCGACGACGAGGGCCGCAGCAAUGGUGCAGUGGUCGAGGGCAAGAAGCGGGCGAGGGAGGAGACGAGCGAGCCAAACGAAGACCAUGGGCGAAGGCGACUGUCUUCGAUUGACGGCGCGAAUCGCCCAGCAGGCAUGGCCGCCAAGCUCGCCACCCGGACCUCGUCGGAAAAUAUGCAGUUGCCUACGCCGCUGCAGUCUCUCCAGACUCCGCAGCAGACGCAGACGCAGUCGCAGACGCAGCCGCUGCAAGGACAACAAGCUCCGAUUCCUCAGCAACAGCAGCAGCAGCAGCAGCAACAGCAGCCGGCCCAGAUGCAAGCUCAAUUGCCGUUCCAGCAGCAGUCUCAGUUUCACCAACAGAUUUACCCCCAGCAGCAGCAACAGCAACAGCAGCAGCCGUCGUUCACUCAACAGCCGCCGCUCCAGCAGCAGCCAA